GGAGAUCGAAUGGAUCUCCAGGAUUGACAUGUUUCAAGCGGCGCAGAUCGGUCUGGAUGGAUGAUGUAGAAUGGUCAAGAAGCUCUCGCCAGAGUUCAUCAAUGUAGUGUCGAAGCUGUUCGAGGCCCUGCCCAGCGAUGGCUCGCCUAUCGACGAUGAGGUCCUCAUGCAGCUUCAUGCUUUCUUUGGACCCAUGCUGGGAUCCGCUGUCCAGCUCAUUGAUCGUCGAGAAGUCGUGAGAGUCGUCUUGCCCGCUGGACGACACAUAUAUCAAAUCACCUCGGCUACCGGAUCACCUUACACCCUGUAUGCAGAGCUUCCCGCUCGUCCUUCAGUUCCGGCAGUCCAUUCAUCCAAGCAAGAUUCGAGCCUUUCACCCGAUGAUGACGAGUCGACGGUUCCUGAGAAGGCGAAAGCAUCGCCCGAGCCUCAACCAGACAACGAUACGAGCGCAGAGCAGAGUGUUCAGACAAUGGCUGAACCCUCCCGAUACUCUGCCGACCUCGUCCGACAUUCUUACAUCCGUGCUCUGAACCGGUCCAUGCAGGGUAUGUACUGUCCAUGCGCAGGUUACGGAUACAACACGCUGGCGGGGGACAGAAACUUCCUCGUGAGUCAUAAAAUGAUGCUGUAAAAACACACCGACAAAAUCUGCUGCUGAUACUCCACUGUAGUGCAAACAUCUCCUAGCUCUGAUUAUGGCACAUUGCAUGGAUCGGAUUGUCCACACCGAAGUCUACCUGACGGAUGUGGUGCAGCUUCUGGGUCUGGCCCCUAAAUCUCUAGUGAACAAUGAUCAGGGGACACCGAAGCGUGAAACAGUCACCGCCUGAGCAUCAUUUGGCCUAGCCUCCAGCAUAGAGCUAGAAGUUGUAGCCUAUGCAACAUCUGGUUCCCGAGUCAUCGUAGUAGUGUAUCAAUGACACAGCUCUCACAUACCUGGUUCAUGCUCAAGCCUGCUCAUGGAUGUAUCGUCAAGAGUCCAGGAUGAUCGUGGCCACAUUGCCACCCACCCCACCAAGAAAACAGGUCACACGUCAAAAUCUCCCAGAUUGGCAAUUUUUGAUUUUUUGUUUCCGCUUUCGAGUGUUU